AGCAGCAUGCAGAUGAAGAAAGGGAGAGAAGAAAAUAAAGGAGCUGUAGAGUUUACCGUUUGCAGUUUGUGAACUUUAACUUGCUGUUUGCAAUUUAUUGUCACCUUCCUUUGAUGUGUGUGCGUGGAUAUCCGAAACCACACAGUUACUUCAAGUUAGGGAAUAAACCGCAAGUUAAACCCGUUGGAGUGCGACUCUGUUUUCUAACCGGACUCACCAGUGAUCUGGACUUUUCCACCAGUAAUUAUAAUCCCUAUUCUUUAAUGCGGUUCUAAUUAUUGCUACAAUAUUUUCUCUGAUGUUUAUUUUGUGAACUCCAAUUGCUCUGGGCCGAAUCUUCCUUUUACACUUGAGGUUCUGCAAUAAAUAUUAAGAAAGAAACUUCAAGAGGUACAACUACGACAGUCGCUGACUAAUAUCCCGCAGCACUGAUUGGCCAACCAAUGUCACGUGAUCCUCUGCAGCAAGUGAUGGCUAAGCGGGACGCGUCAUCAUUACUACACAGAUCAACUUAAAACUGAAGAUUGAUGUGUCCCUGAACGCAGCAUCAUGGAUCAGAGUGAGGAGCUGAAAGGAGGAGAAACUCUGCCUGAGACUGAGAACCAGAGCAAAGCUAAGAGCAAACAAUCUGACGAUGAAGUGGAACCAGAAUCCUGGGAGACUAGGUCCAAACAGGGUUUUAUUAAUUUUAAAUCAAACCUGCCUUCAUCUAGAAAGAGAGCUCAGCCCUCACUGUCCAGCUGUUCAUCUGGACAACUGUCAGAAAAAGACCAACCUCCAUCUCCAAAGAGACUUGACCAGAUCUCUGACGUUGGUCAACCUCCCCAGGAGCAUCAAAUGCAGCUGGGCUCCAUAUUUAUGGAACUGGAGAAAAAGAUUGUGUUGUUUGUGAAGGAUGAGCUGAAGGAAAUCCAAAAGGUCUUGUGUUCAGAUUACCCAGAAUGUUCUGAGGGUCUGGAAGAGGAUGAGAGGGUGUCUGGAAAUAAGGAUGAAAAGCAGAGCAGGAGCAGUAGAGAGGCAUUUUUAAAGAUCACUGUUGACUUCUUGAGAAUGAUGAAUCUGGAUGACCUAGCUGACCUUCUGCAGAGCAAGUCAUUCAUCACAUAUCAACAAACACUAAAGUCUAACCUAAAGAAGAAGCUCCAGUUUGUGUUUGAAGGAAUUGCUAAAUCAGGAAAUCAAACCUUUCUAAAUCAGAUUUACACAGAGCUCUACAUCACAGAAGGAGACUCUGGAGAUGUCAAUAAGGAACAUGAGGUCAGACAGAUUGAAACAGUGACCUGGAAACCAGACAGACCAGAAACAACAAUUAGACAUGAAGACAUAUUUAAACCCUCACCUGAUAGAGAUGAACCAAUCAGAGCAGUGAUGACAAAGGGAGUGGCUGGCAUUGGGAAAACAGUCCUGGUACAGAAGUUCACUCUGGACUGGGCAGAAGACCAAGCCAACCAGGACAUCCAGUUCACGUUUCCAUUCACAUUCAGAGAGUUGAAUCUGUUAAAAGACCAGCAGUUCAGCUUGGUGGAGCUUGUUCACCACUUUUUUAGUGAAACCAGAGGAAUCUCCAGAUUUGAAGAGUUAAAGGUUGUGUUCAUCUUUGAUGGUUUGGAUGAGAGUCGACUUCCACUGAACUUCCACAACAAUGAGAUCCUGACAGAUGUUACAAAGUCCACCUCAGUAGAUGUUCUUCUGACAAACCUCAUCAGAGGGAACCUGCUUCCCAAAUCUCACCUCUGGAUAACCACACGACCUGCAGCAGCCAGUCGGAUCCCCACUGAGUUUGUUGGCAAGAUGACAGAGAUUAGAGGAUUCACUGACCCACAGAAAGAUGAGUACUUCAUCAAAAGGUUUAAAUAUAAGAAGGAGGCCAGAAUGGUAAUCUCCCAUAUAAAGAAAUCAAGAAGCCUCCACAUCAUGUGCCACAUCCCAAUCUUCUGCUGGAUCACUGCUACAGUUGUGGAAGACAUGUUGAACAAGAAAGACGAAGAGCUGCCAACGACCCUGACUGAGAUGUACAUUCACUUCCUGGUGGUGCAGAACAAACUGAAGGUCAUCAAGUAUGAUGGAGGAGCUGAGACAGAUUCACACUGGAGUCCUGAGAACCAUAAGAUGAUCGAGUCUCUGGGAAAACUGGCUUUUGAUCAGCUGAUGAAAGGAAACCUGAUCUUCUAUGAAUCAGACCUGGCAGAGUGUGGCAUUGAUAUCAGAGCAGCUUCAGUGUGCUCAGGAGUGUUCACACAGAUCUUCAGAGAAGAGAGAAGUUUGUAUCAGAGCAAAGUAUUCUGCUUUGUCCACCUGAGUGUUCAGGAGUUUCUGGCUGCUCUUCAUGUUCACCUGACCUUCAUUAAAUCAGGAAUCAAUCUGCUGGCAAAGGAGGAAAUGAAAUCAAAGGACUUUGAAACAAGAAGCCAUGAAUCUCCAGAGACAGACAUUUACAAGAGUGCUGCGGACAUGGCCCUAGAGAGUCCAGAUGGACACCUGGACUUGUUCCUCCGCUUUCUACUUGGUCUUUCACUUAAUACUAAUAGGCGACACUUAGGAGGCCUUGUAAAACAAACAGAAGAAAGUUUAGCAAUUAAUAAAGACCCAGCCCAGUACAUCAAGGAGAAGUUGAAUCAUCAUGGUGUUGAGAAAAGCAUCAAUCUAUUCCACUGUCUUAAUGAACUAAAAGAUCAGUCUCUGGUGGAGGAAAUCCAACAAUCUUUAAAUACAGGAAGUCUUUCAGCACACCAGCUGUCUCCUGCUCAGUGGUCAGCUCUGCACUUCAUCCUACUUUCAUCAGACAAAAGUCUGGAGAUAUUUGACCUGAAGAAAUACUCUGCUUCAGAGAAUGCUUUACUGAGGCUGCUGCCAAUGGUCAAAAUCAUUAGCAAAGUUAUACUGAGUGGGUGUAACCUCUCAGAGAGAAGCUGUGAAGCUCUGUCCUCAUUGCUCAGCUCAACAUCCUCUAGUCUCAGAGAUCUGGACCUGAGUAACAAUGACCUGAGAGAUUCAGGAGUGACGCUGCUGUGCAAUGGACUGAUGAGUCCUAACUGUGAACUCAAAAUUCUGAGGCUUUCCGGCUGCCUGAUCACAGACGAAGGAUGUGCUGCUCUGGCCUCAGCUCUGACUAAGAACCCGUCUCACCUGAAGGAGCUGGACCUGAGUUUCAAUUAUCCUAGAGAGGCAGGAAUGGAGAGUCUAGCAGCUAUACUGAAGAAUCCAAGCUUCAGGCUGGAGUCUCUCAACAUGGAGCCUGGAGGAGAAAGAUGGUUGACACCAGGUCUGAGGAAGUAUUCCUGUCCACUAACAGUCGACCUAAACACUGCAAACAGAUUCCUCAAACUGUCUGACAAAAACAGAAAGGUGACACAUGUGGGAGAGGAGCAGCUGUAUCCUGAUCAUUCAGACAGAUUUGACCUCUAUCAGCUGCUGUGUAUUGAUGGUCUGACUGGUCGCAGUUACUGGGAGGUUGAGUGGGGUGGGAAAGUCUAUGUAUCACUGAGUUACAGGGGAAUCAAUAGAAAAGGAGUAAAUGACGAUUCCUGGUUUGGAUUGAAUGAUAACUCCUGGAGUCUAGGCUGCUCUGAUGAUGGUUACACUGUUUGGCACAAUGGAAAAAAAGCUUUCAUCCCCGUCUCUUCCCACUCCUCGUCUCCCUCUGGCAGAGUAGCGGUGUAUGUGGACUGUUCUGCUGGGACUCUGUCCUUCUACAGAGUCUCUUCAGAUACACUGAUCCACAUCUACACUGCCAACACCAAAUUCACUGAACAGCUUUAUCCUGGAUUUGGAUUUGAGUACAGGACAGGUUCUUGGAUGUCUUUGUGUUCACUUUAAGCUCCCAAGUUUUAGUGAUCGUCAUCAUUCAUCGUGACUAAACUGUCACAAUAAAUAUAAUGUAUUUUUCCAGACUUUUAGUCGUUCCAGAGGAUAAGUCACAUCAAUCAAAAAUCACGUCACACAGAAGUAGAGUUUAGAACAUUUCUGAAAAAUCCAACCUGACCCAGCCUGAGCCUGUAUACAAUGUGUCCGAGCCCGACCUGACUAACUUUGUUGGUCCAAAUUAAACCCGAUUUAUUAUUUUAAUUAAGAUUUCACUGUUUCACUUUUAGAUCAAAAUUUGAGUAUAGCAGCGUAAAUUCUGCUGAUUUUUGCUUUUCCUUAACACCUUUCAGCUCCAUCUUGUUGCUUGUUUUAACUACAUGAGUCAAGUGCAAAUCAUCUGAGAUGUGUGACUGAUAAAAAUAGAGCAGAAAGGGGAUACAUGUGCAUUAGUGCACUGCACUUUUACACUCAUUAACUUCUGCCUUUUUUUCUUUGAUCAAUAAAAUAAAUUACCUCUUCCCGUAUUAAGGCUAUAAUAAGCUGAUUAGCACAACUUCAUAUCCUGCAUUCUCGUUUGAUUUUCUCUGUGCUGUAUGAAUUGUGGGCUUAUUAAAUGCACCACAGCAGCUAGAGCCAACCAUCAAGCAGAUCAUUUUUUUCCUGACCUGUUCCACAUUUUGGGUCAGGUUCCAGUUGAGUUUGGGCCAUAAAUCUAAACUCAUCACUGGACUAAAAGACACAUCUAUUUAGAAAGUCUUAAAUGUGAGUGGAACCUCGUCCAAGGUGAUUUGAUCCUACAUGUUGAGUUCAGUUGCCUGUUUUUCAACAAACUAAUGGAAACUGUUGAGUUUGGCUUGAAAGUCGGAGCACCGAUGUCUGUGCUCUGAGAGGCUGUUGCAUUGCAUGAAGAGGUAACAGCAAGAAGGCCCAUCUGUAAAGUAAUUUAUAUUCAUUUCUUUGGCAACUACCAGGGUGUGGAGAUGUAGCUCCACCAUUGACAAGCCUCUUCCAUCAACACGUUCUUCAAUAACCCAUUUGUGGACUCGUUUCUCAGGCUCUGGCCAUCUUGCUUUCACUCUGGAUUAGCUUUCUUCACAGAUGGUAAUGUUAACUCCUCAGUUCAUGUCCAUCAGUAUAACAUUUAACACAUGAAUCAAAAAUGCAUCAUGAAGAGGGAAAAAGUUGCAGCUGAUUAUAAGUCACAGGACCACCAAACUAUGAAAAAAGCGUGAUAGUCUGAAAAAUAUGGUAAACAGAAAACAGAACUUUGAUCUUUAGACAAAAACUGAUCAAUCAUUCAAUAAAUUGGCAGCUGUUAAAAUAAGCCAGACUUUUCUUCCUGUUAAUCCAUCCAUCCAUUUUCUAACACCCUUGUCCCUAGUGGGGUCAGUAGGUGCUGGUGCCUAUCACCAGCGAACGUUUCAGGCGAGAGGCGGGGUCACCCUGGACAGGUCGCCAGUCUGUCGCAGCUUCCUGUUAAUACAACACAACAAAUCAACUCUCACCUCGAACCCCAUUGAGUCAAAAAGCAAAGCAUACAGAUGGUAUUGACUUAGAUAUCUUCUAUGUUAACCAAAUAUAAUAACUUAACAAAUAUCGAAAGCAUACAGUUUGGUGUAGGGUUUGGUGCAUUGCACAUAUCAUUCCCAUUUGGUGGAUCCAUAUUGUUACUAUUGGCUGAAUAGUGAGUACACACUAUGAGCCCUCCUUUACCCUGAGGGACAACCACACUAUUAGCACCAGGGCCGACAUUUGACAACUGUUGGGUUGUGACAAAUCUGGAAAUAAUAAUUUAAACAUAAUAGUUGGAUAGUUGAUUUGUCCACCUAUCCAAGUAAUAAGUGAAAAAUAAGUUCUACUAAUAUUUUUGCUUCCUUCUUUGCCAUCCUUUUACAACGACAUUACUACUGGUAGUAUAUUUGCUCUCAGAUGUUUCCUCAUGAUUUGUGGAUUCUUGCUUGCAUAGUAUGGAUUUUUUUUGUCUCCACCACCGUGGAGGAGACAUCACUGCCAAUAUGUUUAUUAUUUGAACAACUAAUUAAAUACAAUAGCUUUACCAUGGCAACUGCUGUCAAUCAUGUACACAGAAUCAGUUACUAAUCCCUCUCAGGCAAUAACACUGAAAUUUUUAAGGAGUUGCACAGACUUGCAUAGUUUUAUUUAAAAUCUCUUAAACACUUUUCUCAAGUAAAACACAGGGCCUUCUUUCUAACAGUGCCACAUACACAUAUUGGAUUUGUAUUUUCCCUGACAAACUUUAUUCAGUCAAAUAUAUGUGAAAUUUGGAGAUGUGCGUGCUUCUCUGCAGCGCAGAGUUCAGUUCCAUGUAGAGAUUGUUUCUACAACAGGGUCUGCAGCUGCUUUGAAAAGGGAUUAUAAGGAAAUGGGGAAAAUACUGUCAGAUUUUUCUUAUUCUUUGGGUUUUAUUUUUCCAUCUUUAAAGAGAACAAAAAAAUAUUUUUAUAGUGGUGCAUCAUAAUCUUUUAUAGUUGCUUAAUUCUAAACUUUAUUUUAAUUAUUGUUUUUUUAAAAUCCUGUAAGCACUUUGACAUUUUUUAUUACUCUGUCAAUGAGAUCCUUUCACUUGUGUCCUUGAAUUGGUUGUUUUUUUCUGUUAUGACCUUUGUUUCUACAAGAUGACCUUGUGGUUAAAAGCAACAAAAACCUAAAGAAACUGAGCUUUAACCUUUUUAUGGGAGUGGAUGGGAAAAUAAAACCUCUUUAUUUUUAUACUGGUGAAAAUGAUAAAUUCUGAUGAGUAUUAAGCAACCAAAUUAUGGUUUUGCGUUUACUUAUUUAUAAUUUUUUGCAUUGUUUCCAUGACAACAGUUAUAAUCUAUUUUUAAUUGUGUGCCAUUCAGUGGUACGAUGGCAGUACCUAAUGUAACUUUUAUUAUAUGCUGAAGUCUGUUUAUAACUGGCAGUCCUGAGAUGUUGAUUAUAAACUGUGACUAACAGGCAGCCAUAUAAUCUCAUUGAUUGAAAUCAAAGGAUUUUUAAAAAACUUUUUAUCAUGUCUUUUACCUUAAUUUUACUAAAUUACACAAUAUUGUAAUCAAAAGUUGAAUAUGUGUCUGAUGUAAUUUUUUAUUUGCUCACUUGUUUACAUUUUGGUACACUAUAAACAAUGAAGAUAAAUGUUGAUGUCAGUAGGUUGGUUUUUUUGUUUAAUUUUUUUGUUCCACUUAUAUCAAUAAUAAAUGAAGUUGGGGUUAUUUCACAUACCGUAAGAUAAAGAAAUUCACAUUCACAAUAUAGUAGACUUCUUGCUAACCAGAGAAAAGCUCAGAGGUGAGGUGACGGCCUUUAACUUCUCUCUUCACUGUUGUGAUGGAAAAUGUUAUGUGCCCCUCAACCCUCUUGUGCGUUAGAUUGUGUCUACAUGAUCUCAUCAUGAGAUUGGUCAAGCUGCUUUCCUAUAGGCCUCUACAGUGCCGUAUAACAGCAGGAGCUUCUUGAUCCUGGAGAUUAUCUAAGUGUUACUUCCCCAAUGUAGAACUUAUCUGCCCUCUUUAGCAUCAGUGAACAACCUCAUUUCUUUAACAAUAGACAAAUAGCCAGACCAUCUGUGUUGGGCUCCACAAAAUUGUUGGUACAUCACAAUCAGGGAUUCACACCUAUUGUCCAAUCAAGUCUCUCUUCUCUGACCAGAACCUAUAAAUGGAAGCCAGAUCCUACGACUCUGUAUUUCUGUUCUCAACUUGCAAAGUUUUAAUAAACUUCUUAUUUCUUCUCAUCUA